AUGUCGGAACCGAACAAGAAACACCAAUUAAUCGACAACAAAUUCUCCUCCUCCUACUCGUCUUCGUCGACUCUGCAGUCGACCCUCCGAAACCCUAGGAUCGUGCGGGCCCCGCGCGACUCCGGCGGGAAGGACCGGCACAGCAAGGUCUCCACCCUCCGCGGGCUCCGCGAUCGCCGGAUCCGCCUCUCCGUCCCGACCGCCAUCCAGUUGUACGACCUCCAAGAUCGCCUCGGCCUUCCCCAACCGAGCAAAGUCGUCGAUUGGCUACUAGACGCCGCUAAAGAAGACGUCGAUCGACUACCCCCACUCCCCGCCAUCCCCGGCCUCCUCCCACCGCCGGCGCCUGCUACCGGCGGACCUCCGGCGACGGCCGCUGCCUUCGCCGGAGGGUUUCAAAACUUCUUCCCGACGGGCGGCGGGCAGUGCUUCGCGCUGCCCUACGACGGGACGGGCAGCGGCGGCGGGACUUAUUACGGCGGUUGGGAUCCUGCGGCCGGCCUGUCGUUGGCCGGAUUUGGGGAGGAGAAAAUGGCGGGUUUUGGAACAGGUUCCGGUUUAGGUUCAGGUUCGGGUUCGGGUCGCCAGUUGUAUUUGUGCCCGCCGGCGAAUGGACUCCCGCCGGGCACGGUUUUCGCUCCAUUUGCGCCGGAAAACGAGCAGUCAAGGCAGAUCAACUUCAUGCAGAAUUGA